CGUCCUGAAACAGAGGAUCUCCAGACGCUUACAUGCUGUCUAAAUUUGGAAACCCCAUUUAUCAAUUUCUUUUUUUUUUGUUUGAUUCCAAAUUCUUUGUUAGGAUCUCGGUAAAAAAAACCCAAAGUAUUGAUCUUUGAUUCAAUUGGGUUCUAAUCGAUUUCGUCUGUUGAUUUUUCUUUUUGAGUAUAUGGAAAAUGGGCAUUGACGCGAAGGAGACUGUCGCAAUACUAUGGAAAAUUAUCGGGUUUUCGAUGAAUACGAGCAUCAAAUUCAUGAGAAACCACCCGAUUUUGUCUGGGGUCUCCAUGUUUUUACUCGCGCUAUACAUUCUCCUCCCUUCAUUGUUGUUCUUCUUGUUAUACUCGUCGCCUGUUCUUGCUUGUGCUGUAGUGUACGCCCGAGAAAGGCUGGGAUUGAGAUUCUCCGGUUCGCAUAAGAGCUGUGGAGGAGAAAAGAAUGGCGUUAGAUGUCACUUAAGACAGCAGCGAAGUGUUCGACGAAAUGCUCGAAUGAAAGUUGAAGAAUGGGAUUCGCAGACAAGCGAGGAAGAGAAGGACAAAGUUAUCUUGACUUCUCUUUACAACGACCUCCUCGGUCGUACUCCUCAUUUCGAGGAAUCUCCAAAGGCUGUAGAAACCGAUGUAGCAGAAGACAAUGAGAAGUCUUUCGGCGAGGAAGAUUCACAAACGUCUUCUCGCGAUUUGGGUAAUCUAAACGUUGAAAACCCAAGGUUUUGCAACUGUGAGAUCAAUGAAGACAAAUACGGAGAGUUUGAUGGUAAAGAAGAGACGAGAGAGGAGAUGAGCAACGUCAAUGAACAUGGGAUAUCAGAGGUUGAGAGAAAUAGGAGACUAGAGAGUCUAAUGGCCAGGAGAAGAACAAGGAGACUCUUCAAGCUAGCUUUAGAUCAACGGAAUAAGCUUCAAGCUGAAGGAACAAGUAGCCCCACAGUGAACAACAACCUUCAGAUUACGGUUCCGAGGAACAGUAACAACAAGCCCUUUGAGAGACGUCGAAACGGUACGGGAUUACAAGCUCCUGGCUCAGCGCCUUCUGUGAUGUUACAAGGGAGAAACCCUUUUGACAUUCCUUAUGAUCCUCAAGAGGAAAGACCUAAUCUUACUGGAGAUAGCUUUGAUCAAGAAUUUUCAUUUGUUAACCAUAAAGAUAUGUUCUUUUGUCGUCAUGAGAGCUUCUGCCGCUUUGCUCUUUACUCCCCAGAACAUGCUCAGUGUAUGAACAGCCCAGUUUCUGCUUCAGACAUCUCAGCUACUAGGAAACGUUUAGAUUUGGACAAUGAAUAUAUGGGUCAUACUGGACAAAACCUCCCCUGUAAUGGCAAAGAAGCUACAAUAGAGGACGAUGAUAAAUGCGUUGAGAGCGGGAAAAACGGAGAAAUAGAGGUAGAAAUGAAUGAUGAGACAGAUUCAAACAAAGAAGAAAGUGAUGAUGAUUCAACUUGUUCAGAAGAGAGUGAGUCAGAACUUCACUGUUUGAACAACGCGGAGCUCAGGGAAGCUAUAUGCCACUCGAUGGAUGGUUAUCAAACAAGAAACAUCAUUCCAAACUCGUUACCAGUACCGCCAAGACUCGAUGAUAACAGUGUGUAUUAUACUCGUAGAUGCGCAAAUUCGCACAGUCGAACGUUUUCCAUUGCCUCAGACAUGCAAGUUGAGGUUUCAGAGAUUGGUUCACCUCCUACAACAGUUGAUUGGCUUGAUGACUGGUCCAAUGGAGGGGAAUCUUACACGUAUGAUACAGAUAUCGAUAGAGAAAUCAUCCGCGGUGAAGAGUCGCGCAAGAGUGUCUCUAACCAGUGUGAAUCAAGAAGCGGUACUAAAUCAGUGAGCAAACCAGAUCAGAGAUUUGUGGGUGAUAUGUCGUUGUUGGAUAGAAGAUGCCAAUCCGAACAAAAUCUUGAGCACAAGCCUACAAGCUCUGGGAAAUUUGAAGGUUUGUCGUUCCGUACAAGUGUGUCAUUGUCGUCUAUAACAGAAGAACCUGAAACAAUCUUGGACUCGAUCGAUGGGGGUAACUCGGAGUAUGUGAACUACUUGACCGAAGAACUAACUGACCAGAGAUCUUUGACUCCUUGGGAUUCAUCCACGGAGAAGUUGAUUGAUGAGGAAGUUAUUGAUGUGCAACGAUUUGAAAACGAUGGCCUUUGUGGACCUCCUAAGAUCAUUGAUUCAUAUAUGAUUGAUCUUCAGCAGAAAGACCAAAUCUUGAAUAGCAUUCAAGGAGAACAUGAUACAGAGAUCAUUAUGAAGGAAUAUGAGAACACUAAACCAAUGGAGUAUGAGGCAACUCAGAGCUUAUUUGGUGCUUCUUUGGACGCUCCCUGUGUAGAAUCAUUUGAAAGAGAGAUAGAAGUAGAGGAGGAACCAAACUUAGACGAUUUUUCUGAGGAGAUAACAAAACAAACAGAUAAUGCGGUAUCUGAAAGCGACUUGGAGAGUUCUUCAGGCCAUGUUCUUACAAAUUUACUAGACAAUGAGGUGAUGGAUGAGAAUGUUCCGGAAUUAGUCAAAAGUGCUGAUGAGAAUGCAAAGCCAAUAGAGCAAGAGAAAAUUCACGACGUCUUGGAAGAAUCUUCGAGCCAUCCUUAUACACAAUUAGUUGAAGACUACGGAAAUGCAGAAAAUGAUAGUGAUGGGAUGCUUCUGCAAGUUCAAGACGGUAAUAACUCAACAUUGGAUGAGUCAACUGGUCAUGAUUUCUCCAAGGAAGGAGAAAGUACAGGUUUGUUGAGAGAUUUUCAGGCUGAAUCGACUCAAGAAUACAACAAUAUAGGGAAUGUUGAGGAAGAAUCAAUAGUUUCAGAAGAGACUCAUACCUUACAAGAUUCACAACCGUGGACUCAACAGCACGGCAUAAGUUCUCUCCAAGGAAUAUCACCAAGAACAUUUGAGAUCACCCAACAACCAGAGCAUGAUGAUGCUAUCUCUCAAAAUAUUGCUAAAGAUGAAUUUUCUGCAGCAGCCAAGGACUCCACUGCUACUGAGAAGAAUGGUGAAGAGAAUCUGAAACCUGAUGAGGAAGUUAUAGAAUCUGUGGAAAAAGAAUUAGAGCUUAAUUUACAAUCAGUGCACCAUAACACUGAUUUAACCGCUAUGAAAGACAAUGAAGAAUCCAAGAAAAUGAUUGGGGCAGUGCAAAAUGCAGAGACCGAAACAACAAAAGACCCAAACAAAAUUUUAGACGAUUAACAUAUUGAUGAUACACACAAGAUCAAUUAAGUAACGCUACCCAUAAAGGUACAACAGAUUGAAGAGUUACUAACCGUAGAUAUUGAGAAAUUCUUUGUUAGAAACUGGAUUGAUUUAUUAAAAAUUUGUAUCAUUAUUUAAUGUACUUUUUAUUCAAUUAAAUUUUGUAAAUGAAUUUUUUUUUAUAAUAAUAUGUGUUAAAUUUAUAGAUUACAUUUCAAUAUGUACUUGUAAAAAAAUUAUAUCAAUAAUAUUUUAACAUAAUGUUAAAAAAAAA